GUUAAAAAAAAAAAAAAAGUGUGUGGUUUAAUUUAUUUUUAAUAAUAAUUAAAUAAACACUCAAAGUUUUACUCAACAAACUGUUGCUAAUGUAUAUUUAUUAUUAUUAUCAUUAUCAUAAAUAAUAAUUUGUUGUAUCCUGGUGUCUGUAUUUAUUGUCAACAAUAAGAUAAAUUAAUAAUCAAGAUGGCAUCUCGUUUGCCAAUGCCAAAGAUAGGCUUAAAAAAAUCAACAAGUACAAGUGAAGUUAAUAAUUUAAAGACUGUAAAUGAUAAUAUGAAUGGUACAAAUAAAAAUAAUGCAAAAUCACAACAAAAUUUAACAGCAUCAAGUAUCAUAAAUAAAACAGCAAAAACACUUCGUGUUAAUGAAAAUAAACCACCAAUACAACCACUGUCACGUUCUCGAACAGUUGGUGCAAUAACACGUGGUACAACAACAUCAUCAAAACCUUCAACAACAACAUCAACAACACUUGCAACUAAAACAGCUAUUAAACGACCAGCAACAGCAGCAGCAUCAUCAACAAUUGCUGCUAAAAGAACAAGACCAGGUAUAACUGGUAAUUCAAGUCUAAAUAAAACAACACGUCCUGGUGUUGGUGUUACAACAAAAACAACAUUAACAACAAAACCAGCAGCAUCAUCAGCAGCAGCUAAAAUAAGUAAAUGGGACUGGAAAGGAAGAUUUGGUCUUGUUAAUGAUGAAUUAACAGCUUUAAAAGAAAAACAUAAAUUCAUUGCUGGUGAUUAUGAUGAAUUAAAAAAUAUUGUUGAUGAUUUAAAAACACGUGAAAAUGAAACAUCAAUUAAAAAUGAACAACUUAAAUUAAAUAAUGAUAAAUUAAUAGCUGAUUAUAAAAAAGCUGAAAAUGAUGUUAAUAAAUUAAUUGAAAAAAAUAAAUUGUUAGACAAUGAAUUAAAAGAAUCACAAGAAACAAAUGAAAUAAUAAGUAAAUCAUUAGAAAAAUAUAAAAAAACAUGUGAUGAACAAGAAGAUAAAUUAAUAAAACAUAAAAGUCAAGUACGAAUUUUAGAGAAUGAAUUGAAUGACAAAAAAGAUACCAUUGAUGAACAAGUAAAACUAAUCAAAGAUUUACAAGAACUUGUACAUGGUAUGGACAAAGACAGACGUAACUUACAUAACACAAUACAAGAAUUAAAAGGGAAUAUAAGAGUAUUUUGUAGAGUUCGUCCGAAAAUUGAUAAAGAAACAAUGAAAAUACCAUGUUCCAUUAAUUAUCUUGAUGAGUGCACAAUGGAGAUUGGUAGAGCUGAUGGUUCUGAUGCUGUUAGUUGUACUGGUAAAUCACGUGGAACAAAGCAAGAGUUUACAUUUGAUAAAAUAUUCCCACCAACUGCAACACAAGCUGAUGUGUUUGAAGAGCUAUCAAUGCUUGUACAGUCAGCACUUGAGGGGUAUAAUGUUUGUGUGUUUGCAUAUGGUCAAACUGGUUCUGGUAAAACAUACACAAUGGAAGGUGCAUGUAAUCCAGACUAUGAAGGUAUGAUACCGAGAACAGUUAGACAUAUAUUCAAAGAAAUGGAAGAAUUCAAAUUACUUGGUUGGGAGUACAAGGUUGAAGCAAGUUUUUUGGAGAUAUAUAAUGAACAUAUUGUUGAUUUGCUGGAUUCAAAACAAAAAAAUCAUGAAAUACGUAUGACAGAUGCAAAAGGUACUGAUUUGUAUGUUACAAAUUUGAAAACAGUUGAAAUUAAUUGCCCAGAUGAGUUACACAUGUGGCUAAGAACAGCACAACAAAAUCGUGCUGUUGCUGCAACAAAAGCCAAUGAUAGAUCAAGUCGAUCACACUCAGUUGCACGUAUUAGAUUAAUUGCAACACAUGCAGUUAAAGAAGAAAUGUGUGUUGGUAAUUUAAAUCUUGUUGAUCUUGCUGGUUCAGAAAGAUUAAAAAAUGAAGAAGCUGCUAGAACAACUGAGACUAAAAAUAUUAAUAAAUCAUUGGCUAAUUUGGGUAAUGUCAUAUUGGCAUUAUUGAAAAAACAAGAUCAUGUGCCAUAUAGAAAUUCUAAAUUAACACAUCUUUUGAUGCCAUCACUUGGUGGUAAUUCAAAGACACUGAUGUUGUUAAAUAUAUCACCACUUGAUGAGUGUUUCAAUGAGACAUUAAAUUCGUUGAGAUUUGCCAGUAAUGUCAACAGUUGUAAAACUGGAAAUAUCAAAAAAUCCAAGACAACUAUCCAAUCAACAAAUUAAUUAUUUACUUGGAACAAUUAUAUUUUUUAUUUCAAUUACAAUUUAAGAUUA